AUGUCUCCAUACCGUAUUGUUUUUAGGAAGCCAUGUCGAUUACCCGUUGAGUUGGAGCAUAGAGCCUAUUGGGCAAUCAAGCAAUUCAAUAUGGAUUUAAAUGAAUCAGGAAAAAAGAGGAAACUUGACAUUCAAGAGCUUGAGGAGAUCCACAAUGAAGCAUAUGAAAAUGAAGUUCUUUACAAGGAAAAGACGAAAGCAUACCAUGACAAGAUGAUUUCACGCAAGGUAUUUGAAAAAGGUCAAAAGGUAUUACUUUACCACUAUCGUUUUAAAUUAAUUCCUAGUAAAUUAAGGCCCCGUUGGGUGGGACCAUUUGUUGUUACUAAUGUUUUUGAGCAUGGCGCAAUAGAAAUCACAAGUGUGAAAACCGAGAAGAUCUUUAAGGUGAACGAUCAUCAUUUAAAGCCUUAUUAUGAAGGAUUUGAAGUAAAAAAAGAGGAAGUGGAAGAAGUAGCGGAUCCAAAGUACCAAGAUUGA